ACUAUACUACUUUUACUGCUUUCUCUUUCCAAUCGAAAACUGAUAAAUAAUUUAAAAAUAAAACAAAAUCAUCUCUUUCUUCCUCUCUUCGUUUUGUUGUCUCACUUUUGAAUCCCUUUCGCUUCUCCACUCUUCUUAAACCCCUCUUCGUUCUUCCACAACCCAUAUUUUUUCUCUCUCUCUCUCGCUCUCUCUAAAUGGGGUUUCUGUUGUGUACCAAUAAAAUUAUUGCGGUUUUUGUUUUCGGAUUUCUCGUUUUGAAUGUUUUCAUCUCCGGAUUUGGAUCCAACGCUCAACUUUUGCCCCAAGAUGAAGUGCAAAUUCUUGAAACAAUAUCCAGAAAACUACCGCCGCUGAGCGAUAUUUGGAACAUCACUCGAAGUUCUUGUAGGGAUAAUGCUGGCUUCAAUAUGACAAUUACCCCUGAGGAAGUUCUAAGCAAUGUCACGUGUGACUGUUCUUCACAAAAUAGUACUAUUUGCCAUGUCAAAACCAUCCAGUUGAAGGGUCUCAAUCUAGCGGGAGUUUUUCCUGAAGAAUUUGGAAAUCUUACUCAUCUUGAAGAACUUGAUCUCACUCGCAACUACAUCAAUGGAUCAAUUCCGCUAAGCCUUUCUCGUGCACCCCUGCGCAUUCUGGCUGCUUUGGGAAACCGACUCAGUGGUUCCAUUCCUGCGGAGAUUGGUGACUUUACUAUGCUCAGGGAGCUGGUAUUAGAGAGUAAUCUCUUUGAUGGCCGUCUUCCUCCAGAGCUUGGGAAAUUGAGUAACUUGGAAAGACUCCUACUGAGUGCGAACAAUUUUUCUGGACCAAUUCCACAAACGUUUGAAAACUUGUUGAACUUAACAGAUUUUAGGAUAGAUGGGAACAGAAUAUCAGGAAGCAUACCUGGACUAAUUGGGAACUGGACCAAACUUGAAAGACUGUAUAUUCAGGGCACAUCCAUGGUGGGUCCGAUUCCUUCCAACAUUUCAAAUUUGAAAAACUUGACUCAAUUGAGAAUAUCUGAUUUGGGGGGAUCUAGUACAACUUUCCCUGAUUUGAGAGAGUUGAAGCUUUUGCAAGUAUUGGCGUUGAGGAAUUGCUUAAUUAAUGAUACAAUUCCAGAGUACAUUGCAGAGCUGACAAAGUUGAAGACAUUGGACCUGAGUUUCAACAAGUUGACUGGUGUAAUUCCAUCGGUGUUGGAGAGUCUACCCAAACUAGAUUUUGUGUUUUUGACCAACAACUCGCUGACUGGAGAGGUGCCACCUUGGAUAAUGACCUACAAAGCCAAAUUUGAUAUAUCGUACAACAAUUUCACGCGGUCAUCUCAGCUCAGUUGUUCAAGUUUGCCUGUGAAUCUAGUUUCUAGUUACAGAGACUCUGAGGCCCAAUCAUGGUGCUUGAAGAAGGAUCUCCCCUGCUCAGCAAAGCCAAAAUAUCAUUCUUUGUUCAUUAAUUGUGGAGGGCCGAGCAUGGAUGUUGAUGGGAAUAAAUAUGAAGAGGACCUAAGCCAAGGGGGUCCAGCCAACUUUUUCUCAUCAUCAGAGAAAUGGGCAUAUAGUAGCACUGGGGUUUUCAUGGGUGAAGAGAAUUCACCUUACACCAGAAACUUAUUUUUAAAUGAUACUUCAAAAUUUUAUGAAACAGCACGCCUUGCUCCUCAAUCACUCAAGUACUAUGGUCUUUGUUUGCGAAGAGGCUCUUACAAAGUCAAGCUUCACUUUGCUGAGAUAAUGUUUUCUAAUAAUCAGACAUUUAGUAGCCUUGGCAGGCGCAUAUUCGAUAUCUCAAUUCAGGGGAGUAUACUUAGGAAGGAUUUCAACAUAAUGGAGAAAGCUGGAGGUGCUCUCAAAGGCUUUACCGAGACAUUUGAUAAUGUUUCUGUUAAUGGUAGCACUCUAGAGAUCCACUUAUACUGGGCUGGGAAAGGAACCAACGCACUUCCUCAACGAGGUGUCUAUGGUCCUCUUAUAUCAGCUAUUACUGUGACCCCAAACUACAAAGUUGAUACUGGCGGCUUGUCUGUUGGAGCAAUUAUUGGCAUUGUAGCUGCAUCAUGUGUGUUUGUCGCUUGUAUUUUGCUUGGGCUUCGUAUGAAGGGUUAUUUAGGGGGGAAAGACCUUGAAGAUCCAGAGCUACGUGCGUUAGAGUUACAAACAGGAUAUUUCUCAUUACGACACAUAAAAUCUGCAACUGGUAAUUUUGACCCGGCAAACAAGAUAGGCGAAGGAGGUUUCGGGCCAGUUUACAAAGGUACACUAUCAGAUAGUCGAGUGGUUGCUGUUAAACAGCUCUCAGCAAAAUCAAAGCAAGGCAAUCGAGAGUUCGUUAAUGAGAUAGGCAUGAUAUCUGCAUUACAACACCCAAAUCUUGUGAGGCUUUAUGGUUGCUGCAUUGAAGGGAAUCAACUGUUGCUUAUAUACGAGUACAUGGAAAACAACAGUCUUGCUCGUGCACUUUUUGGUUCCAAGGAACAGCAGCUAUCCUUGGACUGGCAAACAAGACAGAAGAUAUGUGUGGGGAUAGCAAGGGGUCUAGCUUAUCUUCACGAGGAGUCAAGGUUGAAAAUAGUUCACAGAGAUAUUAAGGCAACCAAUGUGCUUCUUGAUAAGGAUUUAAAUGCCAAGAUAUCUGAUUUUGGUUUAGCCAAGCUUGAUGAAGAAGAGAACACUCAUAUCAGCACACGGAUAGCUGGGACAAUAGGUUAUAUGGCUCCUGAGUAUGCAAUGAGGGGUUACUUGACCGAUAAAGCCGAUGUUUAUAGCUUUGGAGUGGUCGCUUUGGAGAUUGUCAGUGGUAAGAGCAACACAAAUUACAGGCCAAAGGAGGAGUUUGUUUAUCUUCUUGAUUGGGCUUAUGUCCUACAUGAACAAGGGAAUCUUUUAGAACUUGUGGAUCCCGGUCUUGGUUCAAAAUACUCGAAACACGAGGCUCUAAGAAUGCUUAACUUGGCACUCUUGUGCACCAACCCAUCUCCCACUCUUAGGCCACCAAUGUCUUCUGUGGUGAGUAUGCUGGAUGGGAAGAUCCCAGUCCAACCGCCCCUGGUGAAGCGAAGCACGAUGGAUCAGGACGCGAGGUUCAAAGCCUUCGAGAAGCUAACACAUGACAGCCAAACAGACAUGUCUUUCUCCCUACCAGACAGCCACCAAGUAGGCGAUUCUUCUGUUUCGGGUCAGAGUAGAGAUGAUUCCACCGUCAUGGACCAUAAUUCAAGUACCAAGCUUCUUUAGGAUCUUUAAUCUUUUAUGAUCUCAAUAUGGUUUGAUGAAAAAGCAAGCUAACUAUAAUACGACCAAAGUUUUCAAUCUUUUUAUUUUUGUUCUUUGUUCUGUUUUUUUUUUCUUUUCAAUUUUGUUCGUGAUAUUAAUUUGUAAGGGUGUUGUAUGAUAAUUAGUUUAUGCCAAUUCAGUGUAUGAAUAUUUAUUUAAAUUUUUAUACAAGAGAAGAAUAAGAAUGGUUAGUACAUGAGAGGUCAA